AUGUACGGCCAGCUCAGGCAUGUUCCUGCCCGGGCUCCGAGGGCCCUCGUUCAGAGGCGCGCUCUGAACGUCUCGGCUCCCGCUACCGCGCAGGCUGCUUCGGCCACGAUCCCUCCCAACCCCAAGAAGGGAGGCGCUCUCGGCAAGCUCGUCCGCUACGUCGUCAUCGGCGGUCUCAUCUUCUACCCCGUCUCCGCCUAUGUUUCGACCAAGUCCGAGCCCUACCGUGACUUCUUCGUCAAGGUUCCCGGAGGUGAGGCGAUGGCUGACUACGCCGACGCCAACAACUGGGAGGAGUUCGGCCCCGGCACAAUCACGAAGCAGAUUGCCAAGUGGACCGGCGGUAACAAGGACGAGGACCUGCAGCGCAAGAUCGAGGCUGCCACCAGGAACGCCGAGGCCAAGGCGAAGUCGGCUGGCGACGAGAUUUCUCGUGAGGCUCACGUCGCCAAGGACGCUCUCCAGGACAAGAUCACCGGCCUGCAGCGUGUUCUCAGCAACGCCGCCACCGAGGCUCGCGACAAGGCUCAGGAGCUCGCCCGCCAGGCUCAGGAGAAGGCUAACGAGCUCUCUGCUUCGAUGAAGGAGAAGGCCGAGGAGGUCAAGGGCAAGGCCGAGAACGCCAAGGACCGCGCCGAGUCUGCUGCUGAGGAGUCCAAGCGCCGCGCCGAGGCCGCCGCCGAGUCCUCGAAGCGCUCCGCUGACUCGAUCGCCCAGCAGGUUCAGGCUGCCGCUAAGGACGCUGCCGAGAACGCGAAGCUCGCUGGCAAGUCGAUCAAGCAGGACGCCAAGGACCUCAAGAACGCGAUCGUGGACAAGGCUGAGGAGGCCGCCGACACCGUCAAGGAGAAGCACGACACCGGCGCCGUUCUUACCAGCCCCGCGUACUACCCCGACACUGCUCGUCCCCGUUCCGUCACCACGGAGGGUGUCAAGCGCCAGAAGCCCGACCACUCCAACGAGGAGCUCUGGGGUGAGAAGCUCCCUGUCGGCUACGAGCCCCCUCCCGGAUUCUACGUUCCCCCUCCCCCCAAGCCCAAGACUCCUAAGGCUGGCGAGAAGCUUCCUCUUCUUGUUCCCAAGGUCAAGGCUAUUGCCGGUGAGGAGCCUGUUAUUGCCCAGCUCGCUGCUACCAUCGACUCCCUGACCAACUCGCUUUCGUCUGGCAAGGGCGUCCCGUCUGCCGACUCUUCGCGUAUCCUCAAGAAGGCUCAGGGUGACCUCACUGCCCUGAACUCGCGUAUCUCCGAGGUCAAGAAGACGGAGCAGGAGCGUCUCGAGAAGACGAUCGCCGAGCAGGCGUCCAAGUUUGAGAACAAGCUCCAGGAGGUCGAGCAGAAGUGGAAGAGCGACGAGGACAACCUCAAGAAGAACUGGGAGGACGAGCGCCGGAAGAUGGUCGACAGCUGGCGCACUGUCCUCGACGGCGAGCUCGAGGAGCAGCGCAAGGUGAUCGAGCAGCGCCUGAAGGACGAGGUCGUUUCGCAGGGUAUCGAGCUGCAGCGCCGAUGGCUGCGCUCGAUCAAGGCGCAGGUCGAGACUGAGCGUGGCGGCCGUCUCGCCAAGCUCGAGGCGCUCACGACCUCGCUCAAGCAGCUGGAGCGCAUCACGCUCGACAACUCUGCCGUCCUCGACGACAACGUGCGCCUGCACAAGAUCUGGUCCGCCCUGCGUGCCGUGCAGUCCAAGGCUGAGCGCGGCGACAUUGCGUUCGACGACGAGCUCCGCGUCCUGCACGCGCUGACGGGUGACGCGCACGCGGUCGCGGACAACAAGAUUGUCAACGCGACGCUCGCCUCGCUCGGGGCCUCGGGCAUCGCCCAGACCGGCGUCAAGUCGUUCCCCUACCUCGCGUCGUGGUUUGCCAACUCUGUCGCCCCGCGAAUCCACGAGGCCGCCCUCGUCCCGGCGCCCGAGAACGCCGGCGUCGGCGCCCACGUCGCCUCCAACCUCCUCUCCAAGGUCAUGUUCCGCCCGCAGGCCGGUCUCGUCGAGGGCGACUCUGUUGACGCCCACAUCGCCCGCGCCGAGUGGGCCCUCGCCAACAAGGACCUCGACGCCGCCACCCGCGAGAUCAACAACCUCCGCGGAUGGCCGAGGAAACUCGCCGAGGACUGGCUCCGGGAGGCCCGCCGCCGGCUCGAGGUCCAGCAGGCCCUCGACGUCGUCGGCACCGAGGCCACCCUCUCCUCCCUCCUCAUGGUUUAA